UAAAGCCGUAAAGUCGGAGCGCACAGUAGCCUCCGCAAGGCGCCCGAGGUUCCUCUCUUCAGCGGAGCAGGACUGGCUGAGUCGAGAAUGAGCCUCGCCGGUUCUUCUUGGUUAGGUUUUCACUUCCCCUGUUUUUAAGUUCCGAAAACUGGGUGCCUUCAUUCUCAGAGACGCUCCUGCUGGGCUGUGGGCUCGCUCUCCUCCUCUCCAGCCUCUGGGCUGCAGAAACGGUGGACUUCAUUGGUGGGAGUUCGACUCUCCAGGCUCAGAAAAGGAAAUAUGGGAUGUAUAAAAUCCAAACAAAAAGAGAGUCUGCAUGGAGAUGGGCUAGCUGUGAAGAACAAAUCAGUACGUAAAACUGAACGAACUAUUUAUGUGAGGGAUCCAACGUCCAAUAAACAGCAAAGGCCAGGAAAUGAAGAUAUUCUUUUGCCAGGUCAAAGGUUCUGUAAGGAAGAUGAGGAGAAAGAACAUUGGGACAUUGUGAUAGCCUUAUACCCUUAUGAUGGUGUUCAAGAAGAUGACUUGUCUUUCAAAAAAGGAGAAAAAAUGAGAGUUCUGGAGGAAUAUGGCGAAUGGUGGAGGGCUAAAUCCCUUACUACUAAGAAAGAAGGAUUUAUCCCAAGCAACUAUGUUGCAAAAGUCAACACCUUAGAAACAGAAGAGUGGUUCUUUAAAGACAUAACCAGAAAAGAUGCAGAAAGGCAACUUCUAGCACCAGGAAAUGCACCUGGAGCAUUCCUUAUCAGAGAGAGUGAAACAUUAAAAGGUAGUUAUUCAUUAUCAAUUAGAGACCAUGAUGGACAAAACAGUGAUGUUGUUAAGCACUACAAAAUCAGAAGCCUAGACAAUGGAGGCUAUUACAUCUCUCCAAGAAUUACUUUUCCUUGUAUCAGUGAUAUGAUCAAACAUUACCAAAAGCAAGCAGAUGGCUUAUGCAGAAAGCUGGAGAAAGCAUGUAUUAGUCCUAAACCACAGAAACCGUGGGAUAAAGAUGCCUGGGAAAUCCCUCGAGAUUCAAUCAAAUUAGUGAAAAAACUUGGAGCGGGGCAGUUUGGAGAAGUUUGGAUGGGUUACUAUAAUAACAAUACCAAAGUUGCAGUGAAAACUUUGAAACCUGGCACUAUGUCUGUCCAAGCAUUCCUGGAAGAAGCCGACCUGAUGAAAUCACUCCAGCAUGACAAGCUGGUGAGACUAUAUGCUGUUAUCACCAAAGAAGAACCUAUUUACAUAAUAACUGAAUAUAUGGCAAAAGGAAGCUUAUUGGAUUUUCUGAAGAGUACCGAAGGGACAAAAGUACUACUACCAAAGCUCAUUGAUUUCUCAGCUCAGAUUGCAGAGGGGAUGGCAUAUAUUGAAAGAAAAAAUUACAUACAUCGGGAUCUGAGAGCAGCAAAUGUUCUAGUUUCAGAAUCACUUAUGUGUAAAAUAGCUGAUUUUGGCCUUGCAAGAGUAAUUGAAGAUAAUGAAUAUACAGCCAGGGAAGGUGCAAAGUUCCCUAUCAAAUGGACAGCACCAGAAGCCAUUAACUAUGGUUCGUUUACUAUUAAAUCUGAUGUGUGGUCCUUUGGAGUUCUUCUGUAUGAAAUAAUUACUUAUGGAAAAAUUCCUUAUCCAGGUAUGAGUAAUUCUGAUGUAAUGGCAGCCCUUCAACGUGGUUAUCGCAUGCCAUGCAUGGAAGCUUGCCCCUCUGAGCUUUAUGAUAUCAUGAAAACAUGCUGGAAAGACAAAGCAGAAGAGAGACCAACAUUUGAAUAUUUACAGAGUGUCCUUGAUGAUUUCUACACAGCUACUGAAGGACAAUACCAGCAGCAGCCAUAGAAAAAAGGCACUUUUGCUCUUACUGCAAAAUGGCAGAGACCUUUUAAUAAGACAAUGUGGUUGAGCCAGUUCUUCUAUAUUUACGUAUGUACAUGUGUUGGGAUACGCUAAAUAUUGUGGUUCCUCAAACUGGAAGCUAGAGCUCAAGUGAGCAAGACAAAUUAUCAACGUCCUGCUGAAGGCUUAGAAGUUUUCUUCUUCAGUGAUGCUUUCUUUGUAUUUAUAUUAAGUAAACUACUAGGUAAAAGGAAUUUUGAUAUAACAGAAGACCAUCCUCUACAAAAUCCUCACCCAAAUAAUUUUUUUUUAACACAUGCAAGCAAAACCAAAACUCCAUGAAGGCAAUCAAAACAUACUCCAAAUAGCCAUCAGCAACAUGCUUCUGGAAAAAGAUAUUAGUCUGUUUUACGGCCAAGCUGGAAGUUAUAUGGGAGUUGAUCAGCUACUGAGUUUUGUUUAUUGAAAAUCUGCCAAAGAUAUUGAUCAGAGGGGUCCCUUUAU